CGCGAAAAUUUGCACCCUGCGUCCUUCUCCGAUCAUUUUGCAGGAUACGAGUCUGACGAGUGUCUUCAUUUCUGUUUCAGAUUUUUCUACUUGUAUCACUUCUCCUUCUACGCGUAUCAUUAUCGAUUCAACGGGCAGUACAGCAGUUUGGCGCUCGUCACGUCUUGGCUCUUCAUACAGCAUUCGAUGCUAUACUUCUUUCAUCACUAUGAGCUGCCGGUGAUCCUGCAGCAGGCGCAGCUGCAGCAGCUGCUGUUCCGCAAUCACGCCCAGCCUCAGGUGCCCGGCACCCCCAGUACAGCGCCGACCACCCCGGGUCCGGAGUCGUCGUCGACGACGUCGUCCUCGUCGAGCCCGGCCUCGUCGACGCCUACGAGGGAGCAGACGCAACAGAACUACAUCACCGAGCUCUCUCAGCUCGAUCCGGAACCCAGCGACGCCGACGAACGACACGCGGUUGUCGAUAGCGUGCAAACGUCCACGGCGACGACGGAUCCCGUUCGGCCGAGCGAUCCUCUUCAAGCAAAUUUCGACGCUCGAAAUUACGUUCGUCCGAUCAUAAGCGACGGCAGCGAGUCCGAACAAAUGCGUGCGACGUGACCAACGUUAAGGGGGGAAUCUGCUUUAGAACGU